AUGAAUGUUGAAAAUGGUCAUGGUAAUGGAAAUGGCAAUGGAAAUGUUGUGAUGAAAGAUGAAGUAGAAGAGAAUAAUGAACAUAUGAAACAAACAUAUCAUGGAUCGUCACAACAUACAUUGGCAGAGAUAGAUCUACGAUCGUUCAGUGAUUCCUUCAAUGUCUGGAAGGAGUUUGUCAUCUCAUCAUCAUCGUCACCCUCGACCGUCUACACCACCCACCACAACUACCAACUUCCAUGUCGAUCAGGUGGCUAUUCCUAUGAGAAUCAAUCACACCCAUCAACAAAAAACAGAUUCAUAUUAUGGAGAAUACACAAUAAUCAAUUAGAAAUCAUUGAAAAGCAUAUGAACUUUAAUUUAGAUGACAAUUGUAUUAGAAUAAACUUUCUAACUAAUCUAGUUGGAGAUGCAACAAUAAUGGAGUAUAAUCAACGAUUCUUGGUAAUCAUCGUUAUUACAGCUGCCAAGACACUCUAUAGAUUCCUCUUACCACACCCAUCAAUCAUAGAACAAAAUGAUGAGGUUGCCGAUAUCGCAGUGGUAAACAACAACAACAACAACAACAGCAGUACCAAUGGAGAUAGCAGCAGUAGUAGACCAUUGGUUCUCAUAUUACAACGUGAUCUAACACUUAGAAUAUGGUCACCGACAGAUCGUACUCUUCUUCAAUCUUUUUCGAUACACUCUGAGACAUGGGAUCAAAUCACUAUGAAUCAAAUACAAGGCAUCAAACGAUUCAAACUCUACGAACAUCCCAAUCAACCAAAACAUUUUACAUUAGUAUUAUAUUUUGAAUUGGAACAAGAAUCAAAUUUCCAAUUCUUCUCACUCGUUCUUGAAGAUGAAUCUAAUAUUACAUUACAAUUACAAAGAACAUCUUUUAUCAAAUCUAAAGGUUUGAUUGACUUUUCACUGUACAAUAACUAUCUAUAUAGUUUAUGGUCAACCAAAGAAGAUAAUCAACCAAUUUUAAGAUAUAUUAAUAUAAAUAAUAUUGAAGUUGAUAAUUUAAAUAUGGAAUAUAGUUUAUUUAAUGAUGGUUUGAUGUUACCAAAGAUCGUUAAGGAGAAAGCACCAACAGCAGAGUCAAUCGAACAACAUUAUCUUGAACGUGUAUUCAAUCGUGGUCAAUUCACCAAUAAAUCGAUUCAAUCAGCACUAUCAAUCUAUAAACCAGGCUAUCAAGCGAAUCAACAACAACCAUUAGAAUCACAAGUUGCCAAUAUCAUAAGAGAUAGAAUAUCAAAUCAUUCAACAGCAAAGAAGUUACAAAUUGAUCUAUUAACUUUUAAUGAAUGGAAUGAAUUCUAUUCUAUUUGUAUUGCACAAAUUGCAUUGGAUCUUCAAGCAGCCGGUUUAUACAUUGAUCCAAAUACAGAUUUAAUAUUCAUUAUUAAAAGAAAUAAGUUAUCUAUUAUGAAACCAUUGUCAGAUAAAGAGAUUAUCUAUAGUUACAAUCCUUUAGAUCACUUUAGAUUGAAUAUUGCACCUGUUAUCAAUAGUACAAUGAAUACAUACAAUCAUAUAUCGAACGAUCUCAUUCAUCUAUAUAAAUGUUUCAAUUUAAUUGAUAGAUCUGUUGGUAAUGAUUAUUCAUCUUUAGAGCAUGAUUUACUAAGAAUGAAGGUAAACACUGCAUUGUUGACUGAGGUUCAUAAUUUAGUUUCUACAACUGUUGUUGGAGGCGAUUCCGAUGAUAUCAGUGUUGAUAGUAGUAGCAACGGUCAAUUGGCAUCGUCAAUGUCAGCGGCCGGUCUUUUCACAGUUAAUUUCAUAAAGCUGUUCAAGUAUAUCGUUGAUCCAGUUAAAGUCGUUGAAUCACUGUUGGAACUGAUCGAGUCGGACCUACCGCUUAAUGGCGAGACGGACCCAUCGACACACUCCUUUGCUAUACCGCCACAACAACAUCAAUGGGGUGGCGACUUGUUCAUCGAUAUACUCUCUGGUUGUUUCACCGGCAGCGUUAAGUUGCGAUACCGUACCGUUAGAUCUCUCGCCAUGCUGGUAUCGUUCAUCUCACGUCUACGUUGUCAGGUCGGUAUCACCUCUGCCACACUCAAAGAGUUUGACAACCGAAUCAUCCCAAGAUGUUACCGACUACUGAACAUCUAUCAUAUCUUGAAUUGGUUUACCAAUCAAAUCUAUUAUCCAUCGCAAUCAAACAACUCUACUACUAAUACAUCGUCAUCAUCUACAUCUACAAAUAAUGAAGUUGUAGAGAUGGGUAAGAUGUAUCUAAAUGAAUCUACUACGCAUAUUCUAAAGACAUCUAUGAUCUAUACGAUGUUGACAAACUACAGUUCACAAUUGACAUCAAUCUAUAAUCAUACAUUUAUCGAUAAUCUUGAUAUUCAAACCGAUAUCCUGUUGAAUGUACUCUCUCGAAUCUAUCCAGUUGCCAACUAUUUAACUGAACAAUCACAAUAUAAACAAUUAUCAGUAUUAUUAACAACUAUCAAUGAAAAUGACUUUUAUAAUAAUAUUAAAGGAUAUUAUUAUUUGAUGGGUCUCUGCUUUGCACAUUUCUCAAAGUACAAGGAAGCUUACGAGAUAUUCAUAAAGGCAUCAGAGACGUUUGUAUCGACACCGGGUUUGAUUGACGAUGAUCUCUUGCGUGUUGUUAUGAUACCGGACGAUGAGUUGGUUGCACCGAUCUUCUACGAAAAGUCACUGAUGCCAAGUGCCAACGUUCGUCAAGCAACCGACCGUCUCAUUGCCAAGUUCUUCCUAAAGUGUUCAAAGAUCUUUGAACUUCGCAAUCAAUUAGAAUACGUCAUACAACUAUCGUUACUCUCUAUUAAAUUCUAUACAGAUUCAAUCGAUCAAAAUCAAGAGAUUCAAUCAAAGAUUUCAUCUAUUUAUUCGAAUAUAUUUAAAUAUUCAUUAAAGAUACAACAAUAUGAAUUGGCGUAUAUUGCAAGUGUAAAGAAUCCGGAUAGUGGUGGAUCGAUGGAUUGUUUGCAUCGACUACUCAUACAUCUUUGUGAGAACAACCAGAUUGCUCAGUUGGUAUCACUACCUUUGGUCGGUACCUAUCAGCAAGCAGAGGAGAUGCUACUCGCCAAAGCAAAGAGUCAAGAUCUAUCUCUGAAACCAGAUUACUAUUCUAUUUUAUAUACAUUGAAAAUGAGUAGAUCAAACUAUAGAGGUGCUGCUAUGAUUAUCUAUGAGAAAGCACAGAGAAUAUUGAUGGAAUCACAUCCAAGUAUUAGAAAAGGUAGUUUUGAUGUUGAGAGUCUCUACAAGUUAAAGUUGGACUAUUUGUCGUUGGCUAUCAAUGCUUUGGCUUUGGUACCAGAGUGUCAGAACCGUUGGCUGCCCAUUGACAUCUCUAGUUUCCAAGAGGGAAAGAAAUCAAAGAGAAAGAUGAAUACAUCCACUUUGACCUCUGCAGUAAUUACUUCACCAAACCGUCAAUUCAAUCAAAAUGUAUUGGAUCUUACAUUGGCUGAUCAACAACAGCAACAACAACAACAACAACAUUCCAUGUUGGAUUGGCAAACAGAAAAUGAUUCACAUGUCCAGAUCGUUUGGAAAUCGGAUUUGGAGGGUGAGUACAUCUAUUAUCAAUCUUGCUAUUUGCUGAGACGUUUCGAUAGCGAUGUCUCCGACCAUCUCUCACCGAAACAGCUGUUGGCCGAGCUGCUCAAGUACGGACUGAUCGAGCAGGCAUUCUCACUGGCUAUCGUCAACAACAUGGAUCUCGGCAAUGUAUUCCAGUCGUUUGCUCUCAAGUGUAUCGAAUUCCAGUUGGAUCCAUCGGUCAAUCCUUUCGCCAACUACGGCGCUCUCGAAUCCUCAUCGAUCCAGUUCUACAACGACAAUGUGCUGAUCGCUUGGAAACUCCUGGAGAAAUAUCUCGAAAAGUAUGAUACCAACGAGGACAACGAGUGUUUGUCACCCUCAGAGGUGAACAACUUGUUUGUCGCCAACCGUAACACUCCAACCGUUUGCAAGAUGUUUGGUGUCAUUGUCAAGGACAGUGUCAAGCCGAUGACAGCUACCGGUGGUGGUGCAGGCAGUGAAUUCCGUGUUACUUCCGACGCCAACCAAUUCUACUUGGACGUCGAAUAUCACCAGAGAAUGCCACAUUUCCACAAGGAAGGAUACCCUGUUGUUGUGGUUGGCGAGAUGUCUGCUGACGGCAGUAAAUUCCUAGCGGAAAAAGUCUUGUGUAAACGUGGACAAUCUCGUUACCACGAACUGGUAGUCGAUACCAUUCUCUCGUACAACAGCAACUGCUCUGAACGUGUCGACAUUCCCAACUGGCUCAAACAAUGGUUCAAGAAUGGCAGAGAGGAAAUCCUAUUCAAACUCUACUUCCAAUACGGUAGAAUCGAAGAGUCAAUACAUAUUUUAUUAGAUAUGUUGAUUGCUGCAGAUAAAUCUAUUGAAUCAUAUCAACAACAAAAACAACAAUCUACCAGUAAAAAGAUUAACAUUAAUCUUCCAUACAAUACAAUCAGUCAGUUCUUGAUGGAGUUGGAAAAACUGUUGAGCAACGGAUCACUCGAAGAUCAAGCAAAACCAAAGCUUUCAAAUUAUAUUCAGAGUAUAAAGUCAUCUUUAAAUAACUAUCUCAAUAAACUUAAUAAAGUAAACUAA